GGCGGGACUGGGCGCAGCACCGCCCCCGGCCUGGCCGCAUGGCCUCGGUGCUGCGCAGCGCCCGCCGUUUCGGCCCGCGGCUGCUGCGGGCGGUGUCGGGCCCGGCCAUGCAGCGGCCCGAGGGCGGCGGGGGCUGGCUGGGCGCGCUGCGCUUCGAUAACCUGGCUCUGCGCUCGCUGCCCGUGGACGCCUCUGAGGAGAGCGGCCCGCGGGCCGUGCCCGGCGCCUGCUUCGCUCGGGUGCGGCCCAGCCCGCUGCAGAACCCGCGGCUCGUGGCCAUGUCGCUGCCGGCGCUGGCGCUGCUGGGGCUGGAGGCGCCCGCGGCCGACCCGGAGGAGGCCGAGGCCGAGGCCGCGCUGUUCUUCAGCGGGAACCGGGUGCCGGCGGGCGCGGAGCCCGCGGCUCACUGCUACUGCGGGCACCAGUUCGGCAGCUUCGCGGGGCAGCUGGGCGACGGCGCCGCCAUGUACCUGGGCGAGGUGCUGGGCCCGCGGGGCGAGCGCUGGGAGAUCCAGCUCAAGGGCGCCGGCAUCACCCCCUUUUCCCGGCAGGCGGAUGGGCGGAAGGUGCUGCGCUCCAGCAUCCGCGAGUUCCUGUGCAGCGAGGCCAUGUUCCACCUGGGGAUCCCGACCACCCGUGCCGGCACCUGCGUCACCUCCGACUCCAGAGUCCUUCGGGACAUCUUUUAUGAUGGGAACCCAAAACAUGAAAGGUGUACAGUCGUUCUGAGAAUAGCCUCUACAUUUAUAAGGUUUGGCUCUUUUGAAAUUUUUAAGCCCCCUGAUGAGUACACAGGACGCAAGGGUCCCAGCGUGAACCGAAAUGACAUUCGAAUACAGAUGCUCGAUUAUGUGAUCAGCACUUUCUACCCAGAAAUCCAGGAGGCUCAUUCAGACAACACUGUUCAGAGGAAUGCUGCUUUCUUCAAAGAGGUCACCAGGCGCACGGCGAGGCUGGUUGCGGAGUGGCAGUGUGUGGGGUUUUGCCAUGGCGUGCUGAAUACAGAUAACAUGAGCAUUGUUGGACUGACCAUUGACUAUGGCCCUUUUGGCUUUAUGGACAGGUAUGACCCUGAGCAUGUGUGCAAUGGUUCUGAUAACACAGGGCGCUAUGCCUACAACAAACAGCCUGAGAUUUGCAAGUGGAACCUGGGGAAACUUGCUGAAGCUUUAGUUCCAGAGCUGCCCUUGGAAAUAAGCCAACUCAUCCUGGAGGAGGAAUAUGAUGCAGAAUUUGAGAAACACUAUUUGCAGAAGAUGAGAAAAAAACUAGGCCUAAUCCAACUGGAAUUAGAAGAAGAUAGCAAGCUGGUGUCUGAACUGCUUGAAACCAUGCAUCUCACAGCUGGAGACUUCACAAAUAUUUUUUACUUGCUGAGUUCAUUCUCAGUAGACAUUGAUCCUUCAAAAUUUGAAGAUUUCUUAGAAGAGCUUACAAGUCAGUGUGCUUCUGUGGAAGAGUUGAAAGUUGUUUUUAAACCACAGAUGGAUCCAAGACAGCUGUCAAUGAUGCUGAUGUUGGCUCAGUCUAACCCUCAGCUGUUAGCAUUAAUUGGAACAAAAGCUAAUAUAAAUAAAGAGCUGGAACGCAUUGAACAGUUCUCCAAACUGCAGCAGUUAACAGCAGAUGAUUUGCUUAGCAGAAAUAAAAGACACUGGAAGGAAUGGCUGGAGAAAUACAGAGUUCGUUUGCAGAAGGAAAUAGAAAGUGUUGGUAAUGCUGAUGCCUGGAACACUGAGCGUGUCAAAGUCAUGAAUUCAAACAAUCCAAAAUAUAUCUUGAGGAAUUACAUUGCCCAGAAUGCCAUAGAAGCAGCUGAAAAUGGGGAUUUCUCAGAGGUAAGAAAGGUACUGAAGCUCUUAGAACAUCCAUUCCAAGAAGCAGAAGGGUUCCAGGAGGUGAAGGAGGAUGCAGAAGAGGAGGGAGCAGCUGCAGCAGCUGCUUGUUCUCAGGAGAGCAGAAGCAAACAAUCCUAUUGCAGCAAACCUCCACUGUGGGCUUCAGAGCUCUGCGUUACGUGAUCUUCAUAACUGCCUUGCUUUGUUUUUUGCUGUCAACUGAAGACUCUGAUCCUCCUUCAGCAGUGAAGAAUUCAGCAAGGCAAACAUCAAAGUGCUAUUAAGUUAUUGAAACAACACUACAUUUGGAUGCUUCUGCAGCAGUCUUCAGCUGUGCUUAACUUGAAGGAAUUGUGGAUCUUGGAACAGACCAGUGACAAUCAACAGCCCAUACACAUCAGUAAUAUAAAUGUUUAAAGACCCAAAGUCUUUCCUUUAUCCUCACUACAUUGCAAGUUAAAAGCAGUAUUUUAUCUUGAGGCAGGCUGAACUUCAAUCAUCCAAAUGGAAUUGUUGUUAUGUGAAGACAAAAAUAGCAAGUCAGGAAUCUGAUCUGUUUUUGUCUGAUGUCUUAACUAAUAGUACUUCUGGUAUUUAUUUACUGCUUUCUCUAUGCAGAAACUUUUAGUCCUCUUUAAUGGAGGAACAGAUUCAGUGUUGCUUGUUUGAAGCUAUGUUUCAUUUAAUUAAGUAGUUCAUUUCUUCUGAACCUUCAGAUUGGUAUUUAAUCGUUAUCUAUUUUCUGAGAAUGUGUGCAGGCUAGAAUUUGGGGGGAGCAAUUGAAUUUUUUUAAGAGCAGAAUUAAGGGAGAUUACAUACAUCUGCACUUGAAAACUUUGUGGUGAAGUUUAUUCAGGUUCAGUAUGUUUGCACACAACACCCAUAAAUAUCUGCUAAACUCAGGAGUGCAGUUUGUAACCCAAUUGCCUUGGGCAGGAUCCAUAAGCCAAAUUAGCUUGAGCCUUAAACUACCCCAGCACUCAAAUCCAGGUGUGUUGUGUAUUUAUUUCUGUGCUCCUAACAGAGUCUGCCUGUUUGAGAAGUGUGGCAGGUGAGGUACCUGCUCAUCACAUAGGUCAGUGGGGUUCUUCCAAUCCUUCUCUACUCUUGCACUAUUUAGUUGGUUUCCAUGGUCCUUGAAAAUCUUCAAGCUGGAAGUUUGUCAUUUAGGAACGUGCUGUUUGAGCUGGGGUAAAAGAUGCUGGAGGAUGUGGGAUGAGAGGAGGAGCUGACUUGCUCACAAGUUACUUAAAAUGCUUCACUUGAGGUUUCAGGGGAAGGUUGGUUGCCAUUAUUGUCACAUCAUCGAAGUUGUUCUGUAGUUAGUUGUUACUGAGCUUUCUGAGUUUCUGUUUGAAGGACUGUUACAAGUUCAGACUCCUGAAAGGUUUGGUUUAAUGCAAAGGCUUCUCUUUCCAAAGAGACCGCUGUCUCACACUGUGAUUUAUGUGUCCUUAAAGAAAUUCUUCUGCUACCCCCAUGCAA